CCCGUGUGUCAACCCGAAGCGACUGUCAAUUUCUCUUCAUGUAGAAGUGGAAGAAGUUUGGUUUCCAGGCUCGAGUCGUUCUCCGCCUCCAGAAGAAGCUCCCUCACUGCAGCUGCUCACACCGACACCGGUCACUGCCGGCUGGGGAGAGAAGUCACGUUAGCGUGUGUCCCCGGGUCGGUUCUUCUGUCGAGAGCUAAUCUGGAACAACUUGUUCUCGUUCAAACAAUAAUGGACACUGUGGUGAAAUUCACAAGUAUUAGUCAAGGAAAAGACCGCGUGUUCUCAGCCACCCAGUUCGCGUGUGCUCUCUCCACACAUCUACUCCGCAGCAACUCCCAGAGGAAGGAGCUCGUGGCCAAACUGAAGAUUGUGGAAGCCAACAUCAGUGCUGGACGAAAAUUGUUGAAGCUCGGAAACGCAGUGAACUCCGUCGAGGCUGCCAAACGAUCCCUGCGACUCUCUGACCGAGUGCUGUGCCUGUGCCUCACUGCAGCCAACAUCAACCGCGCCCUCUCCCUUAUCUGCGACAAUGUACUUUGGGCCAGAAGUGUCGGUCUUAUCCGUGACAUCAACCAGAAAAGUUGGAGCCUAACCUCCUCCCGCUGCUACUUCCUCGCAGUGAUUAUGAAUGUGACUAGAGACCUUUAUGUGGUGCUCCAGUUAAUGAUGCAGAAAGCAAAAGAUAAAGACUUUAGACAGAAAAUGUCUCUGCACCUCAGCGAGAAUCCUGAAGUGGCUGAAGUUGUCAUUCCUCAGCUGGAUGCGUUUCUCUUUCUGCUGUUCGAAAGCCUUAAAUCGCACCCGGCUGUUGCCUUGGACACCCUGAAAAACGUUUGUGAUCUGUUCAGUCCGUUAGACAGGUUGGGAAUUUACCCAUCAAAUGCAGGAGUGGUGGCCUUUUGUGGUCUGGUAUCCUCACUGAUUGGAAUAGUGACCAUCGCAAAGCCCACUUUAAAUAUAAAACCAUGAUAACAAAGGUGCAGGUAAAGCUUACGGACUGACUGCAGGUCAGAAGGUGAAUUGUGAUAGGUGUUGAUUAUUGGUGUCAGUUAGCUGGAGCUGUAAUGGUGGGCUGGGGUUAACCUGGUGCACAGCGAGAUUAGUGACACACACCUAGGGCACAUUUCUAACAUUUAUGAUAGAAUGACAUUUGUGUUUAACACCAAACCCAAGCCUGCAAUAGCUGAGGGUCUUUUAAACACUUGAAAAAGUUGAAAUCACAGGUUUAAAGGGGAACAAAUCAAAUUUAUGUACGAAAUAUUCAAAGUUUAUUUAUUUAAUUUAUUUAAGAGCCAAGUCUUAACCAAUGUGCAUUCCUGUCUUCUUGAAAAACCACAAACGACACCAGAAGUUUUACUACUAGUGUACUUUUGAUAGAAGGGCUACUUCCUUAUACACGCUUUUGUAUUUUGUAUUUCAAGAGAAGGAGAAGUGUCAAUGCGGGUGGCAGUGUCACUUCAAGUACGCCGUCUUUCUCUGUGCACUGUUUGUGAUCGAAUGCUGCUAAAGGUUUUACCUCCUUCGAAAUGAUGAAUCAGCUACUUCUCAUGCAAAAGUGCUUUUAGAGGGGAGGCCACUAAAUACUACACACUGAUCCUUUAACUGAUUUUUACUCUGCCUCUCAGAGCAGACUCUCGACUUUGUGACUGUUAAAAGGGUUUAAGGUUUGUUAGCCUAAAGAAAAGAAAAAAAAAAAAGUAAAAUGUAAACACAAAUCAUAAUCAUGUCACUAUUUUAAAAAGAGAAACUGUUUACAUCGAAAUUCUUAAUAUAUAGUUUGGAAAUUGAUACGCAUGUUUUAUUUUUUCUUCUUAAUCUUUGUUAUACACACACAAGACCUCAAAGCUGUGAUUUACAUGUGAUUUUUAGCACAUGUAAUGGUGUCAUCCAGUUUAGAAAACGGUAAUCAAUAAACAUCCA